CGGAGACGGCUAAGCCGGAGAGGCGAGGGGUCGUGGAGCUCGCGGCCGGCGGACUGAGCCUGCCAAGCAGAGCUCCUCCGGGGCUGGACGUCGGGGUGCCGGAACGAGCAUCAGGACGGUGACGCCUCGGGCGGGUGGCGGCCGAAAGGAAGGCUUCUGAGCCGGGACUCGGAGGGUGGGUGGUGGGGAAACGACUCCGGAAGUAGGAGACUACAACUUCCAGAGGGUCCAGGGGCCAGGUCCGGCUUCGCGAGUGGCUUAACUUGGAGGCCGGAGGUUGGAAGAUCUGGGGCCUGGGGCGCCGCAGCGGAGAGAGAUGGAACUGGAGCAGAGAGAGGGGACCAUGGCAGCCGUGGGCUUUGAGGAGUUCUCAGCGCCUCCGGGCUCGGAGUUGGCGCUGCCCCCGCUGUUUGGUGGCCACAUCCUGGAGAGCGAGCUGGAGACAGAAGUGGAGUUCGUGUCCGGAGGACUGGGCGGUUCCGGGCUCCGGGAGCGAGAUGAAGAGGAAGAGGCAGCCCGGGGGCGGCGGCGGCGCCAGCGGGAACUGAAUCGCAGAAAGUACCAGGCGCUAGGUCGGCGCUGCCGGGAGAUCGAGCAGGUAGGUGAACGAGCGGGUCUUGAACAGGCUCCACCAGGUGCAAAGGAUAACGCGGAGGCUCCAGCAAGAGCGGAGCUCUGUCCCUGCAGGUUCCUCAUGAGGGUGCUGGACUCCUACGGAGAUGACUACCGGGCCAGCCAGCUCGCCAUCCUGCUGGAGGACGAGGGCAGCCAGGGCACAGACGCCCCCACGCCGGGCAACGCUGAGAACGAGCCUCCGGAGAAAGAGGGGCUUUCCCCACCCAGAAGGACCCCAGCACCCCUGGAACCCAGCAGCCCGGCCCCUGGAGAGGGGCCCAGUGGGCGGAAGAGGCGGCGGGCACCCCGGGAUGGGCGCCGAGCAGGAGCCUCACUGCCCCCAGAACUGGCCCCGGUGCAGAUUAAGGUCGAAGAAGACUUUGGCUUCGAGGCAGACGAGGGCCUGGACUCCAGCUGGGUUUCUCGGGGGCCAGACAAGCUAUUGCCCUACCCCACCCUAACCAGCCCACCCUUUGACUGACCCCGCCAACCCAAUAAACUGACCCCACGUUCGU